AUGAGUGAAUUUGAACUACAUGAUAUUGUCACUGCACUUUUAAGUACAUUAGGGGGUAAAGUCACUCCGAACAAGUUAGUAGAAUAUCUACAAGAAAGACAAUCUAGAAAUACUGCAGGAUGCUCAAUCAUUAUUCAGAAACAUUUAACUCGGCUUUCUCAAGAUAUUUCUGAUCCAGAUACAUUUUUAGCCAAAUACAAUGAUCUCAAGGAUAAAAAUGUUGACUCUUUGAAUUCCUAUGUGGAAUUGCUGGAUUUGAUUUCUCAAGAUCACAGCUUGAAGGACUUCAUUCUAAGGAGUACCAAGCCGACAUCUUGUUCAAAGGCAGAGCUCACGAAAGAUGAUUUGCCUCAGAGGCGCCCGAGCAUGUCCUGGGACUUCUCCGUCCACAACAUCUGCCAGCCCAUCCCCACAGUGCCAGAAAUCUCCCAGGAGAACGUCCUCAUCGAGGAUCUGCUCAAUGUGUUGAUCGGCUUGCCUGGCAACUACAUCGAGCCAGACGAGCUCAAGGACGUUUACGGACCGAGGACGUUUUCGAUCAAUGAGAACGUUCCGCUGUCGCUCAGGGAGUUGGUGAGGCAGAUCCUGCCUCUCGCCAAUCACUAUUCGAUCAUCCAGAGGUUCGUGGAGGAGAAGAUGAGGUUCGAGUUCGGGCAGCUGGAAAGUGAGUUCAAGUCCGGAAAUCUCACAUUACAAAAACUAUGGUUUUUUGUUCAACGCAACAUGCAAAGUUUGGGAAUAGCAGCUAAUAUUGCUUCAUCAAUAAGUAAGGUGAGUUGA